CUCAUAGCAUAGCCAUGCAGUAGACAGCUGAACAGUUGCUCUUGUUUCCUCUAUCUAUUCUCUGUGAAACACGUUCCCGAUUAUUUCUCGCCGGCUAUCAUCGUACGCGGACUGCCGGCGGUACUGCUGCUCUGGACUGACGACCUAGGUCUCGACAUUCGGAGUAGCCACGCAAGAUCGUGCUCGAUAUACGAACAGACAUGGUGGCCGCCGCCAUAUUCCGCCGAUGUGCGCUCGUCGUUGUGUGCCUACUGGCUGUCGUGCAGCAGGGCAGCCGCACGAUGGCCCAGGGUGAGGUUUUAACCAGGUUUACCGACCAGGUGCUCCCGCACCACGGCCGCUGUGAGCCCAUCAGCAUUCCUCUGUGCCAGGAUCUCCCCUACAACGAGACGAUCAUGCCCAACCUUCUCAAUCAUCAGAAGCAGGAGGACGCCGGGCUGGAGGUGCACCAGUUCUUCCCGCUCGUCAAGGUGCGCUGUUCGCCCGACCUGAAGCUCUUCCUGUGCGCGAUGUACGCGCCCGUCUGCACCGUUCUAGAGGACCCCCUUCCUCCCUGCCGCUCCCUCUGCGAGUCCGCACGUACCGGAUGCGAGAGCCUCAUGAACAAGUUCGGAUUCCAGUGGCCGGAGUCGCUCGAAUGCGCGAAGUUCCCGCUCGCCGGACUCUGCGUCGGACAGAACAACUCGGACACGUCCCCUACCGACUCGCCGGCGACGCGGCGGCCGCCCUACGACAAAGGUCGCGUGAACUUCCCUGUGAGCGCGUUCCCCGGCGCAGGAAACUCGCUGCCGGGGGGCGCCGGCAUCGGCAUCUUUCCGAACGGGACGCGCGUCGGCAUCUCGCGCACGUUUGAGUUUCAGUGUCCGAUCCAGCUGAAGGUGGAGAACCUCGAGUACAAGUUGAUCGUCGGUGGCGGCGAACCGACACCGGACUGCGCUGCGCCCUGCUAUGACCUGUUCUGGGACGCGAACCACCAGCGCGUAUCGCGUCUCUGGAUCGGCGUGUGGAGCAUGAUCUGCUGCGCGCUGUCGCUCUUCACCGUCCUCACGUUCCUCAUCGACAUGAGCCGCUUCCGCUACCCGGAGCGGCCCAUCAUCUUCCUCUCCGGCUGCUACUUCGUCAUCGCCGUCGCCUACAUCACGGGAUUCUUCCUGAAGGAUCGCAUCUCGUGCAACGAGCGCAUCGUGCCGCACAACAUCCGCGACUACCGCUUCGACUCGAACUACGUGACGACGAUCUGGACGGUGCCGACGAUCGUUCAGGGCACGAAGAAGGAGGGCUGCACGAUCCUCUUCAUGAUGCUCUACUUCUUCACGAUGGCCAGCUCCAUCUGGUGGGUGAUUGUCACGCUGACGUGGUUCCUCUCGGCGGGCCUCAAGUGGAGCAACGAGGCGAUCGAGCAGAACUCGCACUUCUUCCAUCUCGUCGCGUGGGCGAUCCCGGCCGUCAAGACGAUCACGAUCCUCGCGAUGGGCAAGAUUGACGGCGACGUGCUGUCGGGCGUCUGCUACGUCGGCCUGUCGAGCGUCAACGCGCUGCGCGGCUUCGUGCUGGCGCCGCUCGUUGCCUACCUCGUCAUCGGCACGUUCUUCCUCGUCGCCGGCUUCGUGAGCCUCUUCCGCAUCCGCACGAUCAUGAAGCACGACGGCACGAAGACGGACAAGCUCGAGAAGCUGAUGAUGCGCAUCGGCAUCUUCUCGAUCAUGUACUUUGUGCCAGCGGUCGUCGUCGUCGCCUGCCUCUUCUACGAGGAGCGCCACCACGAGCUGUGGACGCUGAGCUGGUGGAACCGCAUCUGCCGGCCGGGCUCGGGCUACGACAUCCCCUGCCUGAGCCCGUACACGUACGUGCUGCCGCAGUAUCGCCCCAACCUGUGGGUGUUCCUCGUCAAGUACACUAUGUCGCUCGUCGUCGGCAUCACGAGCGGCGUCUGGAUCUGGUCGGGAAAGACGCUGCAGUCGUGGUCCAACUUCUACCGCAAGAUCUCCGGUUCGGCGCGCCCCGACGAGACCGUCGUGUGAGCGCGCGUAGGGGGCGCCGGCGUGCACCCUCGCCGAGCGUGACUUGUACAGAGCACCGUGAGCUCAUGCGCGAGCGACGAGGAUGUCGUGCGAGUGUAGGGGCGCCGGCGUGCACCCUCGCCAAGCGUGACUUUUAUAUGUACAGCAGACUGUGAACUCGCGUGCGAGGGUUGAGGCAGUCGUAUGAGCGUAGGGGGCGCCGGCGGGCACGCUUGAUGGGUGUGACUUGUACAGCAGACUGCGAGUAUGUGGACUUGCACGUGAGGGACAGAGUGACAGUGGUGCGUGCGCCUGCGCGCAAUGAUUUUUGCACACGGAUGGGACUGUGUCGUGGAUGGACAUACGGUCCGUCCGUCAUUAUUAUUAGAAUAUAUAUAUAUAUACAUACAUGUAUACGUGCUUAAACACUUAACGUAGCAACACCGAAUGUAAACUUUAUCAGGAGUUAUCGGACAUCACAGCGCAGCGCAGCAAGAGGCUGCAGUAACAACCACCUCAGUAACCAUGGCAACAGUGCGAGGAAUGCUGCAGUUAACCACCUCAGUAACCACGGCAACAGUGCGAGGAAUGAGCACUGCAGUUAACCACCUUAGUAACCACGGCAACAGUGUGAGGAAGGCUGCCGCUAUGUAUAACAGCCUCGGUAACGACGACGAUUUCACGAGGACAUGGAGGGAGUGGAUUUGUUGCUGGAUAAGUCGUGCGGCGUGUUCACGGGAUGGAUCCCACAGGCAUAAGCUGGCUUCCUUGAGCGCUGACGUCUAACCAAGCGGAAUCACAGGAUAGAGGGUUCCGCUUGUGGUCACAGAUGCCGACAUCCUGCUGCCAAGAAGAGAGAGAGAGAAGUCGAGAGAGAGAGUGAAAAAGAGAGAGCGAGAGCAACGGAGGGACAGACUGAGGGAGCUAGAAAAAAAGGGAGAGGAGCGCAGGGAGACAUAGAGGGAGCGAUAGACCGAUGCAGGACUGGAUCAGACAGAGGCUUCACAGCAGCUCGCAGGCGUGUGUCCACACACACACACACACACACAUACACACACGCACGCGCACACACACAAACACACACACACACGCACACACGCACACAGGCACACACACACAUACAUCAUCCGCCGCGCGACGGAAGCCAUCAGAUUGCGCCUCGUGUACACUUGCUUAAUGUACCUCGCUGGGCGCAAGGAAUUGGGGCAUGCGCCUCGUGGCAUAUCUCUCACAUUCAUGACUCAAUCUCAAAUUCAUGAGCGCACGCGAGCGGCGACGGCGACGACGCGAGUGGUUGCCGGGGGCGACGAGCAGCCGGCAGCGAGAGAGUGAUCGGUAUGGGCAGAAGAUGCAAUGGCUUGAUUCUAUCAAUGACAGUGCCCCCUGGUGUAUAACACUCGUCAUAUACUGGUCUGAGCAGGGUCCGGCUCUGCUGCAUCAAGCAAUAACAGUGACCUUUGAAACGAACACAAGAAAAAUACGUGAAUAUGCUUGCACUGAAAGCGGAAUUAAAAAACUGAAACUGUAGCAUCAUAUACAACAAAUAUGUACGGUGCCUCUUACAGUGAUUGUGUCACUAUAGGUAUGUAACCUCUUAUGCCGGCUGACCUGACGUAUAAGCAGGUGUGCUGGAGAAUGCAAUGUCAGGUACCGUACUAUCUGUGCUUCAUGGUGUCUGCCUGUUAGGUAAAACACGUUAUACUACAUAGUAUUUACCUGCCAGGUAAAUUACCCUGUACUAUAGUAAUUGUUUGUCACUGUCAGAUAGGCUACCCUGUGCUACAGUACUUACCUACCAGUUGUAAUACCCUGUCUAACAAUAUUUACCUGUCAGGCAAUAUAUACUCUGAGCUACAGUACUUACGUCCUAGGUUAAAGAUACCCUGGUACUAUAGUCUAUAGAGGUGUUCUCAUGUAUCCGCGUUUUGUGCGACUGCUGAUUUUACCUGCCCAUAAGUCUUGCCCACUGACAGUGUAAUCACUGUAGCCGGGUAGCUGACCCCUCCUGUUGGCCUUCUUCUCCCACUUCUCCAACGUAUAGGCUGCCUGUAGCAGCAGGAUGAAUUGGUUAGCCCGAUAUGAAACGCCAAAUCCGUUCCAGAUCCCAAUAUGGCCUCCGCCUGUAUGUUCGCCUGCCGUGCAACCGGCGGCCAGCGUUUGCGCUACUCUGUCCGACGACGCCGCGCGUCCCGCGCGUGGGCGUGCGCGGCGGGUCGUCGCCGGGCAGAGUAGGCGGACGCGGCGGCCGCCGGGCUGGUGUCGGCGCACGUGGUUGGCAUUAGCGGCGACGCAGCUGCUGUUUCCACCGCCUUCGUCAUUAUCCAUCAUUUUGCGCGCUUUGCCGUUUGCUCGCUAGAUGAGCGGAUAUGGAUUUCACGUGCCGUGUGUAACUCCGCCUGCGCAGCACUUCUUUAGAUAUGUGCCGCUCUGCUGGGGGAGGGAUCUGAGAGAUCCGGGAGGAUGGCAUGGCCUGUCUAGUGAUAGUGAGGUGUGUGAUGAGAGAGAGAGGGAGAGAGAGAGAGAGAGGGAGAGUGGCGGGCUGAUUUUAA